AUGCUGGGGUGGCUGGGACUGUGCGGGCUUCUUUUAUAUGCACAAGCCCUCGUCGAUGUUCAUCUACAGGAGCUGCGGCUGGGAGAUGAACACGUCUGCCCGCACGAAGAAUUAGAAGUCGUCACCAUCAAAGAACCAUGCGUGCAGGCUUACACCAAAUAUGUGCGAUCCCGGAAGCCGGGCUGUGAGGGCCCGUUUCGCUCUUGUUCCGUCCGGCAGCCAAAGGUAAUCUACUACCACACCUAUAAACGGGUGAAUCGGACACGCCGGCAUACGGUACCCGAGUGUUGUCCCGGAUGGGAACGGACUGACAGUGGCUGUAAAAGAGUCGACUGCUCACCGGAUCUUUGCCAUAAUGGCGGCACUUGUCUACCAAUCCGGAACGGAACCGACCAACUCUGCGAAUGCUCAUCCGGCUUCACCGGAGCCCGCUGUCAAUACGAUGUAAAUGAAUGCCUGAUCGAGAACGGAGGUUGUGGUCACGAUUGCGUAAACACGAUCGGCACUUUCUACUGUAGAUGCUGGCCCGGAUUCAAUUUGGGCCCCGACGGGAAGGCUUGCCAGGACAUUGACGAGUGUCAGGCGUCAAAUGGUGGAUGUGCCCAUCGUUGUAUCAACACCCCGGGAGGUCAUCGAUGCGAGUGUCCGCCGGGUAAGAUGCUGCAUUCGAACGGUCGAAAGUGCGUCGAGCUGAAUACAUGCGAGGCAGACAAUGGAGGAUGUGAGCAUAUUUGUGAAGAGAGGGAGGGAAAGAUGUACCGAUGCCGUUGCAAGAAAGGAUACCAUCUUGGUGAUGACGGGAGGAGGUGCUUGCCCGUGGACCCAUGCUUGGUGGACAAGGGGGGAUGCCAACACCAUUGUGUCAACGACAACGGCCGCGCGAGAUGCCAAUGCUUUGGGGGAUAUCGUCUCACGGCCGAUCGAAGAACCUGCACCGACGUUGACGAGUGUGAGCUGGGACUCGGAGGGUGUCAGCAUGAUUGCGUUAAUUCCUAUGGUUCCUAUAGGUGCCAAUGCCGAGAUGGGUACAUUUUGGCGGAAGAUGGACGAAGCUGCGAAGAAUCUCUAGGAGGUUGUUUGGUAGGAAAUGGUGGCUGCCAACAUGAUUGCUACGAUCAACCGGGUGGACAUCAUAUGUGCCGAUGUCGGGAUGGAUUUCAAUUGUUGCAAGAUGGAAAAGGUUGCCGUGACAUCAACGAGUGUGAGCGGAAGAACGGAGGCUGCGAUCAAUUAUGCGUAAACACGCCCGGGUCGUUUAAUUGUGAGUGCAAGCCCGGCUUCAUUUUGACGUACGAUGGGAAGACUUGUGAAGACAUUAAUGAAUGCGUGGCGAACAAUGCGGGGUGCCAGCACGAUUGCAGGAAUCGGGAUGGAGACUAUGAAUGUGUUUGUCAGAAGGGAUUCGUGCUGGCUGAGGAUCGGCAUUCUUGUCAUGACAAAAACGAGUGCCUACUAAAUAAUGGCGGUUGCUCACAGCUGUGUCGAAAUGUGGAAGGCGGCCAUCGGUGUGAAUGCUUCAGCGGAUAUACGCUUGGGAAUGACGGCAAGAUGUGCAUUUCGACCCUCGAUGGACCCCAGUCGCUGAAUCAUGUUCGCACCCAAAUGGACGCCAUUGCUGAGGAUGACCUUGACAAUCUCGUUGACAGCCUCGAAAUGGACCAGUCUCUAUAUAGCGUAGAGCCGGAGGGAUUUCAGCGGAUGACGCGACGUCGACGAGAAUGCGAGAAUGGGCACUUUGGCCCGAGCUGCCAGUAUUCCUGUUUGGACUGCCGGAAUGGAGCCAGUUGUCACGACAGUCACCCGGCUUGUGAGUGUGCUCCCGGAUAUAUGGGGACGACGUGCGAGGAUUUAUGCCAAGAAGGGACAUGGGGUCUCGGCUGCAACAAUAUUUGCGGCUGUGAGGGUUCGGCCUGUGAUCCGGUGACGGGCGCCUGCACUUGUACUUCUGGAGACUGUGUCAAAAGCCCAUGCAAGCGCGGCCUCUACGGUCCGCAUUGUAACCUGCCAUGCCGAGCUGAGUGUCCAACCGGUGGCUGUGAUCCCGUUUUUGGUGACUGUCCGUGCGCCCCUGGCAGCUACGGCCCGAAUUGUGAUCGGCCGUGCCCGGGCUUUGCAUUCGGCACAAAUUGCCGUCACUCGUGUCGCUGUGUACGCGAGAAUACGCAGUCGUGCGACGCAAAGACAGGAAAAUGCAAAUGCAAGCCCGGUUUUUACGGACCAUUCUGCAAACGCCCGUGCCCAUUUGGAUUCUAUGGACCUUUGUGUUCGAAGAAGUGCUCUUGCCCCUCCGGCACUCGCUGCGACCCUUCAACCGGUGACUGCUCCCCGGAAUGCCCGGCUGGGUACACCGGAACCGACUGUCAGCAGCCCUGCCCGCCGGGUCGCUUCGGCCCGCGUUGCGAGGGGAAAUGUGGAUGCGCCGACGAUCAACCGAAAGUCUGUCACCACAUCACCGGCAGCUGCACAUGUCCGGCAGGGUUGACCGGAGAGCACUGUGAUACUAAUUGUCCACCAGGACUGUACGGGCCGAAUUGCGCCUCGGAAUGCCAGUGCAGACAUGGAGCGGCGUGCGACGCAAAAGACGGGACUUGCCAAUGUCCACCCGGAUACUAUGGAGCGACUUGCUCGGAAGUUUGUCCAGCCGGGCGUUACGGGACGGAAUGCAUGCAUCUGUGCGACUGUCACAAUGGAGCCGCGUGUAGUGUCAUUGAUGGAAGCUGCACAUGCCAACUCGGCUACACGGGAAAACGCUGCGAAGUCGGCUGCCCGCGUGGAACCUAUGGAGACAAUUGUGCAAAGCAAUGCGAAUGCGCGGGACAUAUGACUUGCGAUCCGGUGGAUGGGGAGUGCAUUUGUCCGCCAGGGAAGAGGGGCCAGGACUGUGCGGAAUCCUGCGCGGUCGGCACGUUUGGAGCGGGCUGUAAGGGCAACUGCUCGUGCCAAAAUGACGGGAAAUGCGAUCCGAUCACUGGAGGCUGCAAGUGCAAACCAGGAUGGCGGGGCAAGAAGUGUGAAAGACCAUGCUCCGACGGCCACUUUGGGGCUGAUUGCCGUCAGAUAUGCGAUUGUUCAACUAGCAAUGACACCGAGCUGUACAACCCGUUCUCGGCCCGCUGCGACCCUGUGACCGGGGAAUGCCGGUGUGCCGGUGGAUGGGCCGGGCCCGACUGUUCAACACCAUGCCCGUCAGGGAGAUGGGGACCAGGCUGCAAGGCUGAAUGCAAAUGCUCGAAUGGAGCAAGCUGCGAUCGAGUGACCGGAUACUGCGACUGCCCCACCGGCUACAUGGGAAAGAACUGUGAGACGGAGUGUCCAUCCGGUCUAUUCGGUCCGAACUGCAUCAACCAUUGCCUGUGCAUGAACAGCGAGGGUUGUGACUCGAAAACCGGGAAAUGUCGAUGCCAGGAUGGGUUCACCGGGCCCGCCUGCGAGUUCUUGUGCCCGUUCGGUCAAUACGGACCGGCCUGCUCGAAGAAGUGCGACUGUCUAAAUGGGGCAAGCUGCAACCGGACGAGUGGACAGUGUAGCUGUUUGCCAGGUUGGCAGGGCGAGAGAUGCGAGGUGCCCUGCUCUUCCGGUUUGCACGGGUUGAAAUGCGAGGAGGUGUGCCAAUGCGAAAAUGGGGCCUCGUGCGACCCGAUCAGUGGACAUUGCAGCUGCGCACCCGGCUGGAGAGGCAGAAAAUGCCAGCGACCCUGCCUGAAGGGCUACUACGGGCGGAUGUGUUCCCAGGCUUGUAAAUGCUCGAAUGGCCGUCCGUGUGAUCAUAUCACGGGUAGAUGCCAAUGUCCGAAGGGAUUUACAGGGCACAGUUGUACUGAGCUAUGUCCUGAAGGAACCUACGGCGAGACGUGUCGUCACAACUGUACAUGUGGAGACAAUGAAGUGUGUGAUCCCCUGAGCGGUAGAUGCCAUUGCCGACCUGGGCAUUCUGGCGACGACUGCAAGGAGGGCUGCGUGGCCGGACGGUUUGGUGUAGACUGCGAACAGACUUGCCAAUGCCAGAAUGGAGGGGUUUGCGACCCGGUGAGCGGUGGCUGUAAGUGUGCUCCGGGAUUUAUUGGGACACGGUGUGAGGUGGAAUGUCCAUCCAAUCGAUAUGGGGAUAGUUGUGAGAAGGAAUGUCGAUGUGAGAAUGGCGGUACCUGCGAUCGGGCGAAUGGCCAAUGCAAAUGCGCGCCAGGAUUUACGGGGAUGGCCUGUGAACAGAUUUGCCCUCAAGGCCGUUUUGGUGCGGGUUGCAAAGAAAAGUGCAAAUGUGCCAAUGGGGCCCACUGCGAUCCGGCUACGGGCACUUGCAGAUGCAACCUUGGCUACACGGGCCCGAACUGCGAGCAGACAUGUUCGGCCGGGAAGUACGGGAUGAACUGCUCGCUGGAUUGUGAGUGUCAUGGGGAUGCGAGAUGUGAUCCGGUACAGGGAUGUUGCGACUGUCCGCCCGGCCGCUACGGGACGCGUUGUCAGUUUGUAUGCCCGGCGGGUUUCUUCGGAUGGUAUUGCUCACAGGCUUGCCAUUGUCACAAUGGGGCAACAUGUGACCCGGGCGAUGGAAGAUGUUUGUGUCCACCCGGAUAUAUUGGAGACCACUGCGAGAUGUCGUGCCAGAACAACACGUAUGGGCCGGGUUGUCGAUUGAAUUGUGAUUGCGGGGCUUUUGGGUGUCGGCCACAUGAUGGCACGUGUGAUUGUCCACCCGGGAAGAUGGGUCCGAAAUGUGAACAGAACUGUCGAGCCGGACGUUACGGUGAAGAUUGUGAGCAUAAAUGCCAAUGCUAUAACGGAGCCUCAUGCGAUCGACGGACGGGCCGAUGUCAUUGUGCCCCCGGAUACCUAGGGCCCACCUGUCAAGUCGAGAUUAGAGACGACAACAGCAUUCCCGAUCGCGGCGACCUACCGGACGACUAUGACCCAAGGAUCGAGUGGCGCCAAAAAAGGGCACUUUUUAAUGUGACUAGUCUCCUCCUUGAGGCG